GACAUUUCUGGACUUUUUCUUUUUCUUCGCAUAAAAGCAAGCUAACGCAUCAGCCCGAUGCUGCCUCAUUGAUGGCUUUAAAAAUUGUUUUCGAUUUGACCGUGACCCUCAAACAUAGACUUUCUCCGGGAAAAACAGCUGAUGCUAUCAGGCUCAGCCAAACCUGCCAGGAGCCCUCUUAACCCUGUAUUAGCAGAUGAGACCGGCCGUGUGAAGAGCAAAAUAAACACAAGACUCCUAAGGAAGAGGCUCCAAGAAGAAUAUAGGCCCUCAUGCAAAGUGUUCUUUGCUGCGGAUCCCAUCAAAAUAGUGCGAGCCCAGGGGCAGUACAUGUUUGACGAGAGAGGUGAACAGUACCUGGACUGCAUCAACAACGUGGCGCACGUGGGACACUGUCACCCGGAAGUGGUCACGGCUGCCCUGAAACAGAUGGAACUGCUAAACACAAAUUCUCGAUUCCUUCAUGACAAUAUUGUUGAGUAUGCCAGGCGCCUUUCAGCAACCCUGCCGGAGACGCUCUCUGUUUGCUAUUUUACAAACUCAGGAUCUGAAGCCAAUGACUUAGCCUUACGCUUGGCUCGGCAGUUCAGAGGCCACCAAGAUGUGAUCACUCUUGACCAUGCUUACCAUGGUCACCUAUCAUCUUUAAUUGAGAUCAGUCCAUACAAAUUCCGAAAGGGCAAAGAUGUCAAGAAAGAAUUUGUGCAUGUGGCACCAACUCCAGAUACUUACAGAGGAAAAUACAGAGAAGAUCAUGCAGACCCAGCCGGCGCUUAUGCAGAUGAAGUGAAGAAAAUUAUUGAAGAAGCUCAUAACAGUGGAAGGAAGAUUGCUGCCUUUAUUGCUGAAUCCAUGCAGAGUUGUGGCGGACAAAUAAUUCCUCCAGCAGGCUACUUCCAGAAAGUGGCAGAAUAUGUACACAGAGCAGGAGGUGUGUUUAUAGCUGAUGAAGUUCAGGUGGGCUUUGGCCGAGUUGGAAAACAUUUCUGGAGCUUCCAAAUGCAUGGUGAAGAUUUUGUUCCAGAUAUUGUCACGAUGGGGAAACCAAUGGGCAAUGGCCACCCAAUGGCAUGCGUUGUAACAACCAAAGAAAUUGCAGAGGCCUUCAGCAGUUCUGGGAUGGAAUACUUCAAUACGUAUGGAGGAAAUCCAGUAUCUUCUGCUAUUGGUUUGGCUGUCCUGAAUGUAAUUGAAAGUGAAGACCUUCAAGGAAAUGCCACGAGAGUGGGGGAUUAUCUUACUGAAUUACUCAAUAAACAGAAGGCUAAACAUACUUUAAUAGGAGAUAUCAGGGGCAUUGGCCUGUUUAUUGGAAUUGACUUGGUGAAAGACCAGCAGAAAAGGACCCCUGCCACAGAUGAGGCUCAACAUGUCAUCUACAAGAUGAAAGAAAAGCAAGUGCUUCUCAGUGCCGACGGACCUCAUAGAAAUGUGCUUAAAAUAAAACCACCUAUGUGCUUCACUGAAGAAGAUGCCAAGUUUAUGGUGGACCAACUCGAUGAGAUUCUAACAGUUGUGGAAGAAGCCAUCGGAGCCAAAAGUGAGAGUGUGACCUCUGAGAAUACUCCAUGCAGAACAAAGAUGCCUAACGAAGCACACUCGGAAUUGCUCAGUGAAGGCACCUCGGAUCCCAGAGAAAAUCCCAGCCGAAAGAGAAAUGGAUUGUGCACAGAUAAGCACUCGCUGCUCAGUAAGAGGCUCAAGACAUGAGAGAUUAACAUUUUAAAGCAGGAUAAAUAUCCAGGGUUAUAGAGAAUGAAUGGAAGUGUCUCUUCGGUUAGUACCUGUGUUGUACCCUCUAACAGUAGAAUUUGCAUUUCAUUUAGAUGUGUAAAUAAAAAGGUAACAGAGUGAAAAGAAUAAGCCGAGUGAAAACCAAACCAUGUCAAGAUUAUUAGUUCAGCCUCUAGCCUGUUAAUUCCCUACUUGCGAUUUCUGAAAGUACUUUAUUUAUUCUACUAAACUUAUGAUUCAAACUGAGUAUUAAGUUGGCGGUUUUACUUCUCAUGUGUUAAUGUUUGAAAUAAGAGAGCAAAGUACAAUAGGUUCCUUAACUUUAGAGACAUGGUGCCUUAAAAUAUGAAUGAACCAUUCUUUAUUGAUUUAAUUUAUAUAUAUUUUGGGGCUAUAAUCAAAGAUGAUGUAAACCAAAACAUUUUUACUAGAAAAGCGUACCCUUGUUUUGCACAGAACACUAGGGGUAGUAAAAAUCAAAGCCAUUUGGAAAAAAUCACAUACAGCAAAUGUUAAGAAGCAAAUGGAUAAAUCAGGGGCACUUGGGUGGCUUAGUUGGGUAAGCAUCCAACUCUUGGUUUCAGCUCAGGUCUUGAUCUCACGGUUUGUGAGUUCAAGGCGUGCAUCCGGCUCUGCGUUGACAGCAUGGAGCCUGCUUGAGAUUUUGUCUCCUUCUCUCUCUGCCUCUCCCUCACUCAUGCAAACCCUCUGUCUCAGAAAUAAAUAAACAUUUUUUUUAAAAAAAAGAAGUAAAUGGAUAAAUCAGACUUCUGGCAGAGGAUUAGGUAAAUCAAGAUCUUGUGGAGUCGUGGUGGGGGCCUGGCGGCAGCAAAGAACACAAGAAAUAUAUUCAGAAACACAAAGAUGUAGCCGGACCGGCAGCAGUAGUCAAAGCACUGUGCUCAGUGAGGAGACCUCAGCUCUAAGUCAGGUUGUGACGCCUUGUCCACUCAUUUACCUGGCAGUUAGGAAAUUAACUUCCAUCCAAUCAUCUUCCUUUCUCAUCAAGUUUAUCAGUACCCAGCACACUCCCACACACACAAGAGAGGGAGCUUUGGGCGCGCGUGCCCACGUACAAACACACACACACACACACACACACACACACACACACACUUCUAACCACACAUUGCAAAGGGAAGUGAGGAAAUAUGGGACCUCCAGAUUCUCUUUGCAACAUGCUGAUAUCGUGAGACAUUCACUUGGAGGCCAAUAUACUGAACUUGGAAGAAAUUUGAAUUUUAGUAUUUUAGUAUUGACUUCCCAUUAUCUCUCUAUUGCCUUCCUAAUACUUAUUAAACUUUGUAUUUUGGGUUUUGUUGCAUAAAAAAGAGAGAAUAAUUCUGCUGUGGCUGUUUCAUGAUAACUGAGAGGGAUGUUGAGAGGAAAAUGUAAAAUCUUCCUUUCUGAGUUUGUCAUUAAUUAAAAAGCUAUUUAAAAAAGCAAAGUCUCAUUAUUAAAUACUUUUUUCCUCCUAAAAAUAUAAUUGACCCUGUGGAUUCUGGCUGGAUAAUGCUGAGGUUGGUUCCCAGGAGCUGGCAAAGAGGAGGGGGUAUAGAGAUAUCUGUGGUUGGCUUCUAAGGAGCACAUCAUCAGAUCUUUCACAACACAGGUCAACACCCCUAUAAGCACCCUCUCAUGGGCAUGGUCAAUGUUUGUUCUCUUUUCUCAUUGCAGAAGGCAAAAGCAACCCAUACCCACGUUAUAUGUUUCCAAGUAUAAAAUAGAAAAUUAAGACUUUAUUCUUUGAUAUACUCCCACUCUUCUUCCUUGCCUAUAAAUUAGAUUUCCAUAAUAAGGAGGAGAGAUCUGGAAAUAAAUGACAUGUUCCUGGAUGUAACAGAGACUACCUGUGUGUGAGGUUCCUGGUAAUCCCUUUGUUUCCGUGAUGUCACAAUUGGGUGUCAGUUUGGGUCCUCUGGGUCUCUAGAUUGAGUCCCAAGAUAGUUGAAAGUACAAGAGAUGGCUUGGGGGUAACUCCUGUGAAAGAUAAAGAAGCAAAGAAGCAGUAGUCAGGAAAAGCUUUCAGGUCUGACAUGGAUGAAAAGAGAAGAGUCAGAGGGAAGAUUUGAGCAGGAAGAGCCUGGACUGAGAUGCAGCUCUGUGAAAAGUCUCUGCCAGUGCACGGCUUGCCCAUAAAGAACUGCUGGGCAGAGAUGACCGGGCCCUGGUAGCCCUACUGUCUCCCCUCACUGGCUGGGAGCUCCCAGGGAACACAUAUCCAGCUUGAAUGCUGCUGUGGAUCUUGAAGAUGCUGUAGCUAGCGGCUGUCGGCUGACUGCACUCCUCACCAGAGGCUCCCUCUUGAAGGGAAACGGAGCAGCACACCCAUGGCUGCCAUAGUCUGCCCCUUGUACCACAUGGAUCCACUUGCCCACACAUCUGGGGAGCAGCUCUUCAGCGAUUCCUUAGUGCAUCUCUCUUUCUCAGGGGAGACUUAGAAGAGUGAGCUUCGUGGAGCAAACUACAACUCCUGUCACUGCAAGUGGUCUCAGGGCCACAACCGGUACUCAUCAUCUCCCUUCUCCACUACUGACAUUCCACUCACCUUUGGCCAUCACUUCUGGACGUCCUAGUAGUGGUGUGUCUCAAACCCUCAUUCCUCUGGAAACUAUGCCCUUCUCAAGCCGGGGCUGAGGCACUAUCCGUUCACAGCUACAAUUAGACAAGGAGUACCAAGAGAUAUCAAAGUGUACCAUCUGAGUUUCACAGAUGUCCUGCCUCCCCCGCUGUGGAACAGCAGUGCUACCUCCUCCUACAGAUAAAGGUCAAUUAACUCUGCCAAUAUGGUGACUCCAACUCCUGCUUUCUAGAUGCAAGGCGUCCAAGGUCCUCAUGUGUCAGUUGGAGCUUACAGUUUAGUGGAACUCUGACUUUGUCCCUCCCCAAAAGUAUACCCCUUUGGGGACCAGAGGCUCCAAUGCUACAGAUUCCAAAGCUGUAGGGAUAGGAAAAACAAAAUUCUACACUGAGUCAUCGAUGAACUGCUUCUUUACUUAAUCCCUCUUUUCUAAAGUGUUUCAAUCAAACAGAUUGAUUUUACAGAAACACCAAUUUCCUCGUGAUGUUCUGAUUCAAUCACCCAGUCACUCCCGCCAUUGCCCAAUGGGGUAAUGAAAAAAUGGCCAUAGCAGCAGGGAUAAGAGCUAUGCAUAGACUCAGCAACAUGGACUUCUGCUCACCAAGGUCACUCUGGCUACAGCCACACCCGACUGCCCAGUCUGCCAACAGCAGCAGCCAAUGCUAUACUUCCAGUAUGGCAUCAUUCCCAGAGAAUUGGCCAAAUUCUGAGUGGCAGGUUGAUUAAAGUUUACCUCUUCAACCAUG